AUGUGGACCAGCGCUCAGGCGCCUUUAUAUCUUUAUGCCGGCGUGCCCGUCUACAUAUACAAGGAGCUCGGUGGUGUCCAUUACUGGGUAUGGUUUGUCACAGCGAACCUCCUCGCCACAGCCGCCGUCUCCCCCUUUGUUGGCGCUCUCUCGGAUCUCGUGGGUCGCCGCUAUGUGGCCAUCACAGGGAGCAUCUUCAUCAUCGCCGGCCAGAUCGUUUGCGGAACGGCCUACACGAUGGACAUAUUCAUUGGUGGAAUGGCUCUGACGGGCAUUGGCGCGGGUAUCAACGAGCUCACGGCGCUAGCCGGCACAGCUGAGCUCGUGCCGCUCUCUCAGCGAGGAUACUACGUGGCGGCGAUCAUCCUGACCAUCAUCCCCUUCAUGCCGUCGGUCAUGUAUGCCCAGCUCAUUGCGUCUUACUCGACGUGGCGGUACAUCACCGUCUUGACGUCAGGCUGGACGUUCAUCGGGCUUGUUGUCACCGUGCUGUUCUACUCGCCGCCCGCACCCACCAUCGCGCUCGACCUGGCUGGAAAGAUCCGUGCCAUGAAGCAGACCGACGUGGUUGGUGGACUUCUAUCGAUUGCCGGCCUCGCAGUCUUUGAGAUUAGCAUUCUAAGGGGCGGAUACCAAUAUUCUUGGUCGAGCGCCCAGGUGCUGGUCCCUCUUGUCCUAGGAGUAUGUUUAAUAGUGGCCUUUGUUGCUUGGGAGACAUGGGGCGCCGCAAACCCCAUGGUUCCCCGACGGCUUGGCAAAGCCCCUCGAACCCUCGUUCUCACACUCGUCAUCACCUUCAUAUCGGGGGCCAACUUCUUUUCUGUGUUAAUGCUAUGGCCAAGUGAGGCUUACAACGUGUAUGGGCAUGAUGCCGUCGGAGUGGGAAUCCGGGGUCUCCCUUUUGCAUUCGGCACCCUUGUCGGCUGUGUGUUGUCUCUGCUACUCCUCUCGCGGUUCCGCGGCAAUAUUAAAUGGCUCCUGUUCGGCACUUCGUGUAUAAUGACGGCCGGAUGCGGCGCGCUCGCCGCUGCCAGGACCGACAACAUCCACACCGUCUACGCCAUCCUCUUUAUUGCCGGUCUCGGCGUAGGCGGCAUCGUGGUCCCGGCAUCCACCAUCAGCACCAUCAUCUGCCCGAGCGACCUGAUCGCCACAAUCACCGCGCUGUCCAUCGCCAUCAGGAUCGUCGGCGGCGCCGUCGGCUACGCUGCCUACUACAACGUCUUUGUCAAUAAGCUUGUCCCCGCGCUUGCCUUCGCCGUACCCGCGGCCUGCGUCCGCGCGGGCCUCAGAGACCCUGCCGUCAUCGGCCAGGCCAUUGAGUUGACGGCCGCGUCACUGGUGAGCGAAAUCCGAAACCUGCCCGGCGUCGACGAUGCCGCCUGGGCCCAGAUUGUCGCCGCAGGUCAAGAGGCCUACGCCACGGUCUACCCCUGGGUCUACUACUGCAGCGUCGCCUUUGGCGCCAUCUCUAUCGUGGCCAGCGUCUUCAUCGAAGAUAUCACCGAGUUUAUUGACGAUCACGUUGCCGUCGUUUUAUGA